AUGAACUUACUGUCAACAACAUCUGAAGAGCUCCGCCAUUUAACGUGCUACUGUCGUGCUCAGUCUCCGACAGCAAAUAACUCUCGCUUUACUCCAGCACAGCUCAACGCAAUCGAGAUUGCCACCACAUUUGACGCGGAGCAUUGCCGUCUCACUGAGGCCAUUCGAAGUGAAUUACUUGAAGGCGGUAAUAGCAAGCGACCAUUACAACUCCUUGUCCAGCACCUGAAGACUUAUGAUGCAGAGUGUCAUGAAACAUUUUCGCCAGUCUUCCCCACAACUCAAGAGGGCUCAACCAGUCACCCUAAUCUAUUAGAUGUCUAUCUCCACGAGUACCAGCUCAUCAAGAGCCAUGAGGAGGAACGAAUGUUUUCUCUCAGCCACGAUGAGUUCUGCGAUGUUUUUGGCCUUUCAUCUGCAGUUGUCCAUCGGAUAGAGUCCACCAACCCAUGCACAAACAAGGCGAUCCCUAAAGGAUUUGCAACUGUUUUAGUUGUAUUCCCAACGGACAUCGAAGGUGGAGCGUUACUCCUUCGCCAGGGUCAUCACGAGUGGACCAUUGAUUUCGCAGAACUGUUCGCAAGGACGACACAGACAUCUGUGGCAUUUAUUGCGUUCUACGACGACGUGCAGUUUGCAGUUAGAAAAAUCAAGUCAGGGCAUCGUGUGAUACUUACAUAUCGCCUACACUUUCCAACCGAUAAUGACAUUCCCCUCACCACCCUUGAGAGAAAGGGUGUUUACGACGUAAACUCGCUGACAACAGGCAUCACCGAAUUGCUUUUAGAUCCAAGUGUUUUGCCUGAAGGCGGAUACCUGGCAUUUGGCCUUCACAAUCAGUACAUGUCUACGUCUAGGUCUGUGGUCGAUAUCGGCAGCCACCUGAAGGGCAGAGAUGCAAUGAUCGCAUGCGUUUUAAACUCCCUUUCCAUCCUGUGGUCAGUCCGUAUUCUGUAUCGAAAUGUUGGAUGGACGGAUUUCAGUUUCUUGGCGGAUCAUAUAGUUGAUCUUUCCAGCCACGACGAGGUCCACUGCUUGUCGGAAACAUUGGGGAAUCCUGAAAUUGUUCGUUUCGUAGGGGCGCGUGGUGAACCGGAUAGAAGAAGGGCCAAGUCAGACGGAGAUGUGAUGGGAGGCAAAGACGCAACAGAUAUCAUGUUGGUUAGCACAAGGCCUUCUGCAUGGAGUUUUCACUCGCAUUAUGUUGCGGGUGGUCGAGAGGUGAUGAUGGGAAACCUCUACGGAGACGUGUGCAUCAUAGCGGAAAGACCAUCACUAGUCAUGAUACGAGGAGAAAGGAACCAAAGGUGGAGGGCUAGAUAA